AUGACAAGGCACCACCUCACACCCUUGCUUCCUCCCGUAUCCCUCGACUCAAGAAGCUCGUUCAUCCACAGCCAUCGCCCAACACAACGGGUGAGGAGUCACAUUUAUACGAUGAACAUUAAAUAUAUCCUAUUCCAGUUCCCCUGGGAAUUUCAGCUGCACAGCCCUAGCAUCACUCCCAAGUACCCUGCAUCAUUGGAGAAAGUCAACGGCCUGCAAAGGGACACCCACUCGAUAACGAUUGGGAUCGACCAAUCCAGAAGAAGGGAUAAGGUUAUCCACGCCGACACGCCAUCGGAGCUAUAA